CUAUUCCUCCCAAUGACACCAACGAUGGGGCACUAUUCCUUCCACUGGCACCAACGAUGGGGCACUAUUCCUUCCACUGGCACCAAACGAUGGGGCACUAUUCCUCCCACUGACACCAACGAUGGGGCACUAUUCCUCCCACUGACACCAACGAUGGGGCACUAUUCCUCCCACUGAUACCAGUGAUGGGGCACUAUUCCUCCCACUGAUACCAAUGAUGGGGCACUAUUCCUCCCACUGACACCAAUGAUGGGGCACUAUUCCUUCCACUGAUACUAAUGAUGGGGCACUAAUAAUUCCCUUAACACCAAAGAUGGGACAUUGUUUAUGCCCACUGAUGCCAGGACAUUUCCUACUCCCACUGGCCACGAAGGUUUGGAGAUCCCGGCCCUAGACUAAAUGA